UCCAUUUCUACCUCCAGCAUCAUUUCCUCCUCCUACUCUUAAUAGCACUUGUUCCCCCCAUCUCCCCAUUUCUUUGUGGCCUCGAUCUAGAAGAACCUCCUCGCAGACAGCUCCACGCUUCUUAGCUACAUACCUCCCCUUAUCUUCUACCUCUCUUCUCCCUCCAAGGUCCCCUCCGCGGACCACUUCCGCUACAAUGAAUCACAAGAGCAACGACACGCAGGCCGUGAAGCUCACAGGCGCCGACAUCGCGAAGCACAAUUCGCGCGAUUCCUGCUGGGUCAUAAUCCACGGGCGGGCAUACGAUGUGACUGACUUUCUACCCGAACACCCAGGCGGGCCCAAGAUCAUCCUUAAGUACGCUGGCAAGGAUGCUACGGAGGAAUUCGAGCCGAUCCACCCGCCCGACACGCUCGACAAGUACCUGGACAAGUCAAAGCACCUCGGAGAGGUAGAUAUGGGGACGGUGGAGGAGGAGAAGAAGGAGGAAGAUCCGGACGAGAAGGCCAGGCAGGAGAGGAUGGCGGUAAUGCCAAUUCUGGAGCAAUGUUAUAACCUCAUGGACUUUGAGGCGGUGGCGAGGAAGGUCAUGAAGAAGACCGCGUGGGCAUAUUACUCGAGUGGUGCGGAUGAUGAGAUUACUAUGCGAGAAAAUCACUCCGCCUACCACAAGAUCUGGUUCCGGCCGAACAUUCUAGUAGAUGUCGAGAAGAUCGACUUUUCUACCAAGAUGUUAGGGACCAAAGUCGACAUCCCGUUCUAUGUAACCGCAACCGCACUCGGCAAGCUAGGACAUCACGAGGGCGAAGUCAUUCUUACACGGGGCGCGAAGAAGCACAACGUGAUCCAGAUGAUACCGACCCUCGCAUCCUGCUCAUUCGACGAGAUCAUGGACGCCGCGGAACCAGGUCAAGUCCAAUGGCUGCAGCUCUACGUAAACAAGAACCGCAAUAUCACUAAGCGCAUCGUGCAGCACGCCGAAAAGCGCGGCUGCAAAGGUCUCUUCAUUACGGUAGACGCGCCGCAACUGGGCCGCCGCGAGAAGGACAUGCGCUCGAAAUUCGAUGAUGUGGGCUCAAACGUCCAGAACACCUCUGGCGACAACGUCGACAGGAGUCAAGGCGCCGCCCGCGCCAUCUCCUCCUUCAUCGAUCCCUCUCUCAGCUGGAAAGACAUCCCUUGGUUCCUCUCCAUCACCAAGAUGCCAAUAAUCCUCAAAGGCGUGCAGCGCGUCGAGGACGUGUUACGCGCAGUCGAAGCCGGAGUUCACGGUGUCGUGCUCUCUAAUCACGGUGGACGCCAGCUCGACUUUGCACGUUCAGGUAUCGAGGUUCUCGCGGAAGUCAUGCCUGCUCUGCGUGAGCGUGGUUGGGAGAAGAAGAUUGAGAUCUUUGUCGAUGGCGGCGUAAGGCGUGCAACUGAUAUCAUUAAGGCGCUCUGCUUGGGUGCGACAGGCGUGGGCAUCGGACGGCCAUUCCUUUACGCCAUGAGCGCAUAUGGGCUGCCGGGUGUGGAUCGUGCAAUGCAGUUGCUCAAGGACGAGAUGGAAAUGAACAUGCGACUGAUCGGUGCUAGCUCAAUUGAGCAGUUGAACCCUACAAUGGUAGACACGAGGGGUUUGAGUAUGCAUAGUGCUACGGUGCCAUCGGAUACAUUGGGGCUGAACGUAUACGAUCCGCUUGUGGGACCGAAAGAGAAGGCGAAGUUGUAGGCUUAGUGGUGUCUAGAGGUUGUGUAUAUAGUGCUCUUCUUGUGGUAUAUAUUGGAUUUAGAGGUUAGAACUGACUGGCUCGAAGAUAUACUUCUAACUCCCGGAUGAUUUCAUGAAGUUGCUUUAACGAUUAGCAUGAUGAGAAUUGGCCAGGGGUACGUAGAGCUCUUUAGAGCCCAAUGCCGCAGAGGAGACCUAGCUUCCUAUGCUUUGCAUAGUAAUAAGCGGUGAUUCUAUAAUGUCUUACAACUAAACCGCG